GUUACCGACUAAUACUCUGCCGUUUCUAGCAUCACGGAGGCUGUAGAUGUUCCUAAUUUGUUCGGAUUCAACUAUCGCCACAAAGGUGUUGUGUAUCAUUCAUUGCUUUCUUAAAAUAAGGCAGAGUAUUGGUCGGUUACUGACAUGAGGCUAUGUACCUACAUGCAUCUCGAAAAUUAAUUCGAAAAUUAUAUUUCGCGACUGAUGGUAUGUAUUACGAAUUUUGGGGGGGGGGAUAUGAAAAACGCAAUUGUGGGCUCUAUGUUCCGAGCACGGAGUGAUUGAAUGAAAAUCCAAUAUGGCCGCCAUGUGACAGCCGUCUGGUUUGUCCCGUAUUUCGUGCAGUGGAAAUGAUAAAAAUUGUAGUUCAGUUCGACAAUCAGCAGCCAAAAUGUACAAAACUACGUGUUCCAAUAUCCGAGAUGUAUUUUUUCUUUGCCGGUGUUACGGAAGUGUGAGGAACCAGUCUAACCAUUACGAUACGCUGUGCAUCAAAAAUGAUGCUACACAAAAAGAAAUCCGUGAAGCGUUUAUAAAACUAUCGAAAGAACUCCAUCCUGAUGUGGGAGACAAUGGCAGCCAUACAAAAUUUGUAAAAGUAAAUGAGGCUUACAGAGUUUUGAGUAAGGAUUAUACUAGACAACAAUACGAUAAUCGAUUAAAACAUGGAUACACAUUUGUUCAACAACCUAAAGGAGAGCAAACUUACUACGAGGCUGAGCCAGUUUAUCGAGAUCCAGUAUACCAAGCAGCUCAUAACCCAAGAAGAACUGAAUUUCAUGAUGAUUACUAUGGAGUAAAGGGUGUAAGUCGUUUUUCAAACGUUAAAAUAGCAUUGAUCUGUGUAGCAUUUGCCUCCGUGAUACUUGCACUUGAAAUGAUGAUAAUCCGCAAGUCUGUUAAACGAAGUCAACAAUACUUGAAAAAUCGUAGUCUUGAAGUCGAGGGUAACUAUAAGAGGACACGCUCCUUGAUGGCGACCAGGACUCGUCAAGAACAGAUAGAAACUUUGCAGAGAGAGUUUGACCUUCAACACGGUAUUCAUGAUUUAGGUGCAAACGAAAAGUAGGUAACGAAUUUUAGGAAAAUCAAGUAAAAUAAGAAAUAAUCUAUUUUACCGACCGAAACGUUAUCGAGGCGAAAGUACUAGUUAGUGUAGAUACAAAUCUAGCCACAGAUUUGAACUGUGAGGAAAUUUAGGCAAUUUAGGCAUAGCAGGUGAAAGAUCGACGAAUUAGUCGUCUAAAAGCGAACGAAAGAGAGAAAAUGAAGUUCUGGCUGUAAGAUGCCUUUGGAUAUCUGUUUCUACCGCAUUUUGAAUUUAUAUAUUUUUUUCUCUAUAAAUUUACCAUCACCGAGUACCUAAUAUAGCUACACUGCAGGCUGUGUCCAUUUAUGUUACAAAUAAUAGUUUUUUACCCGUGUACAGUAAAAUGGUUAUGUAACUGAAAUAUACAAAAGAUUUUAACCGUAUACGUAAGUGCGUAUAUACAUACUUAUGUAUAUAUUAAGCAUUGUUCUUUAUUUGUGCUGAGAUAAAAGUUGAGUAAAACUUUUCACAACGCUGUGCAGAAUUAAUUUUAAUAAGAUAUCUACUUAUUUACCCUGCUGAAUAUUAGUUGACUUUCUUCUUUCAACUUUAUCAUAAAGAAAUUUCACUAGUACUGCUGGGGAAAUUCUUAUAAUAUAAUGAAUAUUAUGUGUAGUGUUUUGUUGAACGUAAAAAGUGUAAUAUAAAGUUGAUCUUCUUUUCUCGUACAGCUUUAGUACUCACUUCAACUGCAGUCACAGUAAUUAUAUAAUUGACAGUUUAUUAUAUACAAUUAUUAUACAGUCUUAAAUUAUUGUAGUGUUGGGAUAAAGAUUUUUCUGAUCUGCUAUCAGCGAUAACAAUAACAACAAUAAUAACAUAAUAAUAAUAAUAAUGAAAUAAAAUAAUUUAAUUCAAAGUUUUUGGGAAAUAAUAAACAUUUUAUCUGUACAAUAAAUUCAAAAGAAUCGAAGGGCACCUUGUCCAGAUUCGCAUAAUUAUAUGUCAGUUUGAACGACAUGCUUACGACGAAAUAUUCCACGCAAAGCUCUCAAAUUUUUUUAAUGUAAGUUACGAUUGCUGCGUGUGGA